GUUAAACUCCGCUCUGCCAUGCUUCACCAAGCUCUCAAGUGGUGCAAAUCAGCACUGAUUGCUGAAGUCAGCCCUCAGCAGCACACAAUGCACGGCCCUUCUGUCAUCAUCAGGGCUGCGAGCAUCACAAAUCCCCUCAAGUUUCAUAGCAGGGUUGAACUGUGUUGGUGAGUCCUGCCCCAUCCCCAUCCCUCUCAUCCCCAUCCAUGGGAUAAUGGCCAAAUCCACGGCACAUCUGGUGGUGAAGUGUGUUGGCUGUCCUGCAGCAGGCAGCAGUCAGAGGGGUGAGAACUGCCCCUGUGUUACUGUGGGCUGAAAAACCUUUCUGGCAUCCAUGCCUCAAAUUGAAGCAAUGAUUAAAGCUGUAAGGAAAUCCACAUUCAGCCUAAGGCACGUCGUGCUCCUUCUGCUACGGAUGUUCCCAAGGGCUGGUCAGCUUGUAAUUAUUAACUAAUUACUGCAGAAUAAUCACAGUGCCACAGCACGUAGGAGGUACAGGCGGUGUGGAACACGCUGUGUCUCACAAAUCCCAACCCAUUCUCAUCUGUCCUUUGUUUUUAGCCCAUUGGGGUUGGUAUCUGAUGGCAGCAGUGCAAUGCACCGAGGUGGCCUGUGGCUGCAUGCAGCUUGGUGCUGGCAUUUGGGGGACUGAAGGGCAGUGUUCCCUCUGCAGGGAGCAGCUGUGGCCACGAGGAGGGCCUCCUUGGCAGGAUCCUGCUUGGAGGUGACCGCAUCCAAAAGCAGAUCACAGGUUUGCCCCUACAGUGAGAGCAUUGAUGCUGUGUGUUGUGGCAGCAGCCAGAGGAGGGAAAUGAGCAGCCCUGAGGAUGAAAGGCUCUGUGCAUCCCAGCAGCAGGUUGGGGGCAGGCUGCUGGUGGUGUCACACUGCAGGGUCUGCCCAUGGUGACACAUAUCCCAAGCAGAGCUGAACAUCCUUUGGGAUCCCAUCAGACCCAGGGGACCACGCAGAGCCCGUGGCACUCCUCCCUGCUGAUGGGGCCAGAGGCCAGCACAGCACUGGUGUGUUCUCCUUUUUAGAAGAAGAGCAGAGUCUGGAAUGUUGCUUAUCACAAGGAAACCUCAACAGAGCCACGCUGUGCUGCAGGCACUUCCAUCCCAGGGUUGCCUCCAGCUGCCCUGCUCCAAAGAGCCACGAGGUUUGCUUUUCCACUUGUUUUACCACUGAUUUGAGGCAGAAAACUUCUCUGUGUGGGUCUGAGUGCUUCUCAGCAUCGAGAGCUGCUGCUGUGCCCAUAGCACAGGGACGUGGGCAUUUCCUAUGUGCAAGAAGUCCAAUGGAGAGCCUCUUCAGCUCCAUGAAAACACAGCACCGUAAGUGCAGGAGAAGGCGCGUUUUUAUCAAGUACCAUUAGCAGCAUGUGUUCUAUUUAAAUCCUUAAUCCCUUCCAAUCCCACCUUAUUAACGAUUAAUUGUGCAACUAAUCGCGCUAUGAUAGCAGCGGUGCGGGCGCAGGUUGUUGUUGUGCACACUGCAAUGUGAAGGAGGUAAGAAUUCAGCCGUGCGCUCAGCUUGGCUCACGCACUGGCCAGACCUCCUUUCCUGUCCCUUCAGCUCUCAGAGUUUUGAUCCUUUCUUAUCUCGAAGCUUAUCAGCUCUCGGGGCAGGAGAGGAACAGAGCUGAAUGCAGGCAGUGAGCUUUGAACGCUGCUGUGCUGCAGCCCUUCAUCCUGCUGAGCUCGGAGUCCCCUUGGCUCAGUGCCUGAGCACCACGUGGAUCUGUGGACACGGUUUGAUUCGGGGCUGAAACAGAACUGUUUCAGGAUGUGCUCCCAUGGCCCCCUCCCUCCACUCAGUGUUUGCUGCACCCAUUUCUGCACGGCAGCAUCCAAGGAAUGGGUCUGGCUGUGUGUUUUCCUGCACGAGGUCCCUCCCUCCUUCGUUCCCUUGAUCUCUGCAGGGCUCUGUUAUCUCCCCCACUUCCCAAGGCUGCUGCAGGAAUGCUCAGAGCUCACAAGGACACCGGAGCAGUGAGUCUGGAAAUGGGGCAGGGAGCGAGGAGAUGGAUGGGAGUGAAAAGGUCAGGAGGUAAAAUGAACAAGAUGAAAAACUUCAAGCGGAGGUUCUCACUCUCAGUUCCUCGGACGGAGACCAUCGAGGAGUCGCUGACGGAGUUCACAGAGCAGUUCAACCAGCUCAACAACCAGAGGAAUGAGGACCUGGCCCAAGGGCACUUGCAGCUGGGACACCUGGGCAGGGACAUCGGAGCAGACCCCACAGCCAUCUCCCCACCCAACACAGAGGGUCCAUCCCCGAUGGCCGUGCGCUACCGCAGCAGCACCCAGCGCCGCUUCUCCACAGAGGAUGUCAGCAAACGCCUCUCCCUGCCCAUGGACAUCCGGCUGCCCCCUGAGUUCCUGCAGAAGCUGCAGAUGGAGAGCCCGGAGUUCCCCAAGCAGCUCAGCAGGAUGUCACGGCGAGCAUCCCUCUCGGAUAUCGGGUUUGGGAAGCUGGAGACCUAUGUUAAACUGGACAAACUGGGCGAGGGCACUUAUGCCACUGUCUUCAAGGGGCGCAGCAAGCUGACAGAAAACCUGGUGGCACUGAAGGAGAUCCGCCUGGAGCACGAGGAAGGAGCUCCAUGCACAGCUAUCCGGGAAGUGUCACUGCUGAAGAACCUCAAGCACGCCAACAUCGUGACCCUGCAUGAUAUCAUCCACACGGAGCGCUCCCUCACGCUGGUCUUCGAGUACCUGGAAAACGACCUCAAGCAGUACCUGGAUAACUGUGGGAACCUGAUGAGCGUGCACAAUGUGAAGAUCUUCAUGUUCCAGCUGCUGCGUGGCCUGUCCUACUGUCACGGGAGGAAGAUCCUACACCGAGACCUCAAACCCCAGAACCUGCUCAUCAAUGAGAGAGGGGAGCUCAAGCUGGCUGACUUUGGCCUCGCAAGAGCCAAGUCGGUGCCUACCAAAACGUAUUCCAACGAGGUGGUCACGCUGUGGUACCGACCCCCCGACGUCCUGCUGGGAUCCACCGAAUAUUCCACCCCCAUCGACAUGUGGGGCGUGGGGUGCAUCCAUUACGAGAUGGUCACCGGGCGGCCCAUGUUCCCCGGCUCUACGGUGAAGGAGGAGCUGCAUCUCAUCUUCCGGCUGUUGGGAACGCCGACAGAAGACACCUGGCCGGGGAUAACGUCUAACGAGGAGUUCAAGGCGUACAACUUCACGCAGUACCGAGCGCAGCCGUUAAUCAAUCACGCCCCGAGGUUGGACUCAGAAGGCAUUGACUUGCUGAUGAACCUCCUCCUGUAUGAAGCCAAGAGCCGGAUUUCAGCAGAGGUGGCCCUGCGGCAUCCGUACUUCAAAAGCCUGGGGGAGCGGGUGCACCUCCUGCCCGACAAUGUCUCCAUCUUCUCUCUGAAGGAGAUCCAGCUUCAGAAGGACCCUGGCUACCGAGGCUCAGCCUUUCAGCAGUCAGCCCGAGGGAAGAACAGGAGGCAGAGUAUAUUUUAAACCUGGACCUCAUGUUCCCUUUGUCACCAUGGAGAUCAGUGCACUGAGAAAGGAGACGGCGAUGCGCUCCUACCCGCCCCACUGCGUCGCUCAGCCCAGCAGGAUGGAGCUGAUGGCUCUCCCCACAUCCCCCAGCAGCUGGUGGCAAUGGACCUGUGGCCUUUUUCCCCUCUCAUUCUCACGUUGUCCCUGUCAGCUGCCACCCCCUGUGCAGGUGCUGCACAUCCCUCCUUGGAGCAGGGUCCUGCCCUGUGCUGGGGGAGCUGCUCGCCGCCUGUGGGGUUGAGCUGGGUGCAGGGAGGCUGUGUGAGCACAGGCUGGGGUCUGUGAAGCAGGAGCUGUGGCUGCAUUGCAUUCAGCCCAGGCAGGCAGCAUCCCACUGCUCAGACAGCUUGCGUGCAGCCCCAUCCCACUGAGAGCUGGGCAUCCCCCAGCCUGGCACCAGAGGACUGCUGCUGGAGCACCAGCCCUGGGGCAGCCCUCCCUGCUGUGCCAUUGCUUCUGCCUCUGUAACGCCUUCAUCUCUGCCCAUUGUUGGUACCUGAAUCCAAGUGAUGGCCUCACUCAGCAUCCCCUCUUCUUGCCACCAUUGCGUUCCCCAGUUCUGCUGCCAUCACAAGAGAUGGGAUGUGAUUCCCAGAGUGAUUCCCAGCUGUUCACAGGAGCCUACAGCUGAACAGAGCCCUGCAGCAUCACUGCAUCCCAAUGCACCGCAGUGCAUUCCCCACCUGGAGGACCGGGGAGAGGUGCCAAACCUCCCCAGCUCAGCUGCAGGGACCAGAAAUAGACCCACAGAACAGCAAACCAGCCCUCCCCACGUGUAGCCAACAUCACACCAAGCAGCCCUGGCUCAGACCCACGCCGCAGGACCGAGGGGCACUGCUGGCCAAGGGCUGCUCCUGUGGCAUUUUAACUGGACCUUGCCAAACCACUCUAUGGAGGAUGUGCCGAUGUCCCAACCUGCCAGCAUCCCAGGACAAGCAGUGCUCAGGGGACACUAACUCUGCCCACACCACUGUUUCUCCAUGGAGAGGAAUUGGAACUCUAUUUUUCCCCCUGCAAAUGCAAAGAAGAAAGGAGGAGAGCCCAGGAUUCUCCAGUGCUCAGUGCACCGCACUCUGCGCUCCUCCUGUCAGCCCAAAGCUGUUAAGUUGGGUUUGUCCUAGACAAGCAUCCAGACGUCUGCAUUGUUUGAGGUUUGCCCAUCCCUGCUUGGUUCCUUUCUCAGUAUGUCCAGCAUACAGCAGGCUGAAUAGUUCAUUAAUUGUUUCCAUUUGAUAGGGAAGAGCAUGAAGAGCCAUCAGCCACCAGUGACGCGUUUCACUCUGAUGUGAGGGUUGGGCUGUGCCUGGUUCCCUGCACCCUGCUUGGGCUGCACAGGGCUUUUCAGCAGUGGGGUUUACAAAAGGAAGUGCUGAGCUCACGUCGUCACCUUUCCUUUCAUUAAGGUGUUUACAUUGGGAUUUUUCUGGGCACGAUAGGGAUCUGUGGUGCUUCCCAAAGCACCAAGGGCACAGAUCUGGGCAAGUCCUGCUCUUGGGAAGCCACAACAGGACAUGCAUGACCUGUUCUGGCUUUACCAGCCCCGUGCCCUGAGGUUGUCUUGGACACAAAGCAUGCCAGGGCAGAGGAAGCCUUGCUGAUCCUUUAAUGGGAGGACAAGGCAGAGCUGUGGGAGCAAGGCAGAGCUCACUGCUGCUUGGCAGAUCCCUUGGGAACCAAUGUCCCCAUUGGGAAUCAGUGUCCCCAUAGGGCAGACAUCUCCAAGGUGCAGCAAGGUGACCCAUGGAACGUGAGCACGCAGACAGCUCUGCUUUAUCUGCAAUCAGAUAAGGAAGACAAAGAGCCUGCUGGCUGCUGUUUGCUCUUUCACAGCCUUUGCCUUUCCUUCUCCAAGACAGGAGAUCUUUGUGUGGAGGCAGUGUUAUUUAUUUGCCCCAUGCAUGACCAGCAGACUGCGUUUCAGAUAACCCCUUUUGUUCUGCUGCUUUUCAUGGGUAUUGGAUUCCUAUUCAGGAAGGUGAUAAAGUGCAUAAAUAUUUGGUGCCCCAUUGAGCAAGCUGUGAUGUGUGCACUGCUGCUGUGCGUCCCAAUGCCAAGAGAGGGAGAUCAGCAAAGUCCCCCCAACCUGCACAGGGUCAGCAUCUCACUAUGGUGUAGGGAUCCAUAUGGGUUCAGGUCAGCAUCUCACAAUGGUGCAGGGUCUGUAUGAGUUUGGGUCAGCAUCCCACCAUGUUGCAGGCUGCAUAUGGGUUCAGAUCAGCAUCCCACAAGAGUAUGAGGUCCAUAUGGGUUCCUGAAGACUGCAAACCCCCAGUGCUGGGGAUGGAGACACACAGUUUGCUCCCAGCUCUGCCCAGUGCUGGAGCACCAGCUGCCUAAAGCAGCGCUGAUGAAAACACUGCAAAUGUCUGUGGCUUUCUGGAAUUUAUUUUCUUUUCCAUUUUGUGGCACCCAGCGUGGCUUGGGAGCUGUUGUUUUGUCUUCCAGGCAUUAUUUUCUUGCAUUUUUUUUAUUCUUUUUCCUACCAAUUCUGCCUGCACAGUGGGGAAAGGCUGCAUUGCUUUGCGCACUCAGCAGCUCCGGUCCGCGCACUGCUCCUGCUGUGGUUUUGUAUUUCCAUCAGUCAGAAUUGAGGGCAGUACAGGUGGGAUGCAUCACAGGAACAGCUUCAGCCCCAUGUCCUGCAGCAGGAAAACUUGUCCCAGAGUGCUCAGGUUCCCACUGUGAGCAUCCCCUGGUGCGCUCCGUUUGCAGGAUGCCGAUGGCCGUACCGUUGUAUGAAUGGAAGAUGUGUUUUAAAAGAAGUGUUUUUAAAAGAUUUAUUCCAAGAAAAAGCAAUUUUUUUUUUUUUU